GAAAGCCUUCAGUAGAAUGGAUAUGUGCCUUCUCUCCUCCACCCUUUCCUCUUCUCCUUCUUCUUCUUCUGCUUCUUCCUCUCCUCUACCUCAUCAGGGUCUUCCUUCACUGUCUCCCACCAGCACUGUGCCCCGGGCACCCUCAGCGCCGGCCCUCGGGGGAAAAGGAGUCUCGUCGGGUGGACGGGCGGCUAAAAUCUGAACUCCAAUGUCAGCUGGGGAUCAGCAGAAUGGUGGUGACAAACCAGAAGACAUGCUGCCACAGGCUGAGGUGUGGCCAGAGGUGGAGAGGGCAGAGCGUUUGGCCCGCGGCGCUGCCCUGAAGUGGGCGUCGGGUGUUUUCUGUCAGCCUGAACAUCUGGAGCGACUCGGUCAAUACAGGAAGAGAGAGAGUCAGAGGACAGCCUCCAUUCACACCAGACUGAAGUCUAUGGUCCAGUCAUACCUGGAGGGGGUGGGCUGGGGUCUGGAGCAGCUCCGCGAGGCCCGGACUGAGCUGAAGGAAGUGUCGCAUGAUUUGAAGAAAGCUGGACUAGAGUCUGAUCGAAACACGGAGGGGGGGAGAUCUCUGGAGAGGCUGAGGGAGGUGUCUGCAAACCACAGUCAGCUCCUCGCCGCCGUCAGCAACCUGCCACGGCUUUACUCUGUGCGUGGCAUGGUGCUGGAGACCGAGCGCCUGGUGGACUCCCGGCGGCUCUUGGAGGCCCACGCCAAGCUAAUGGACCUGGAGUACUUGCAGGAUGACAUUCUGUGGCAGCUCAGCAGGGCUGCAGGAGGAGCGCUCAGCCCUGAAGACCAGGAGGUGGUGGCCAAAUAUUUCUCUGGAAUCAGGCACCUGGUGGACGCGCUGGGGAAGGAGCUGUGGGCUGUGGUGAGCAGUGCUCUGGCUCUAGCCCGACAAAACCCCACACCGUUCGUCUCAGCUGUGAGGAUAGUGGAGCGGGAGGAGGCGCUGGACCACACUCUGCUGGAGGAGAGGGGGGUUGCUGGAGGCAACAGCAGGCCCCUACCCCCUGGACGACCUCGCUGCUGGAGGGCGUGCUUCUUCAAGGUACUAGAGGAGUCUGUGGCUGCGCGGUUUCGCAGUGUUUCCUAUCUGCACACACGUGGCCCGGGCCUGGCAGGCCACCUCUCUGCACUGCAGCACGGCAUCAUGGCCGACCUGACCACCGUACGCCACCUACUGGAGCACUGCGUCCCGCCACACUACCGGCUGACCGGUGCCUACCUGAGGGCCAGCCACCGCUGUUUACAUGCCCACCUGACACAGGUUAGCAGCUGGGACCUGGAGAGCGGGGAAAUCUUCGCUGUGCUCAACUGGGUGCUGCACAUCUACAGCAGCCCAGACAUGAUGGGUCAGCCGGAGCUGGUGACUGAGAUGGAGAGAGAAGAGCUGGGACCCCUGAUCUCCGCAGAGGGACUCGAGCAGCUGCAGAACAAAUACGUGCAGAGUGUUCGGAAGAGUGUAUCUGAGUGGAUGCACAAAGCUCUACAGGUGGAGCUGCAAGACUGGCAGAGGGAUCAGGAGCCAGAUACAGACCAUGAAGGGUUCUACCAAACGAGCCUGCCCACAAUCAUCACACAGAUGCUGGAGGAGAACGCUCGGGUGGCCCUGAUGAUCGGAGAGUCCCUGCGAGAUCAGACUAUACAGAUGGGACUGUAUGAGAUGGAGAACCUCCUAAACAGGUUUCGUGAAGCUCUGGUGGAAUUUGGGAAGGAGCAUCGCGGGGAUCUGAGCAACAACCGGAAUAAGUUCUACCUCCACUAUCUGCUGGCCUCCAUCAGCAACUGCAUCAUCCUCAAGAAGUCCACAGAGAGCCUGCAGCAGCAGCAGUCGUCCCAGUCGGCCGGCCAGUUCUCUCGCACUCCUCCAAACCCUCUGGCGGCUCUGGACCGGGCGGUGCGACGGGCGUGCCGGCUCGUGAUGGAUCAGCUCUUGUUGGACUUGAAGCCUCUCCUCCCGGGCCUGUUCACCCGACCCUGGCUGGCCCAGGGAGACCCAACACCCAAACUUUGCCGUGUUCUGGAGCGUCACCUGGAGCUGUACGGGCGUGUUCGUCCUCCCUGUCGGCAGCGUCUGCAGGAAGAGGCCCAGUGGCUGAUGGUGGUGGAGUACGUCAGGGCGCUGAUGCAGAAGAGGCUGGCGUGUCGUAGCGGCGAGGAGAGGAAGCAGCUGGCUCAGCAGAUGCUUCAGGACGACCAGCUGUUCAGAGAAGUCUUCCACAGCCUGGAAGGUGAGGGGUCAGUGCCUGAAGUGAAUCCCGUGGCCUUGAUCCCCGUCCUGGCCGAAUUCAUCCGACUCAAAGACCCCACCAUGCUCACCCUGGAGGUGUCCGGACUUGCAGCCAAAUAUCCUGACAUCAGCGACGAGCACGUGUCCGUACUGCUGGACAUCCGUGGCGACGUCUCCAGGGACAUCAAAGGGGCCGUGCUGGAUUUGCUGGAGCAGAGCGCCCCCCCUCUUCCGGUCGGAUACCGACCCAUCUUCACUGACAUCCUGGUGCCUCCCUCCACCAUGGCCUUCUGCCUGCCAACUGCCAAGUGUGCAUAGCUGCAGGAGUUUCACGUUAAAGUCGGGGAGGAGCAGCUCUCCCACAUAAACACUUAAAAACAGGACUGAGCACCAAAGGCCUCGGGGCCUCGGGGCCUCGGGGCCCCGCUAACGAUAUCUGCUGAGCUAGUGGAGAGUGAUAUACAUGAAUGUAUUUCUCCUCCAGUGUACGGGCUCUGAGUCGGUGACUUGCUGGUUCAGGUCUGACGUCAGCUGGGAGGUUUUUUUAUUUUGUCUUUUUUGCCGUAAAUCCUCUUCUGUGCUUUCAGAAGUCGCUGUCAGAUGUUUCUGCUGCAGAUGUUACAGGAUGUGGACGUUAACAGCUUCUCUAGAGUCCAGUAACAUUUGUGCACUUCAUGCACUCCUUUUAGCCCCAUGAGGACGGUUUAUUUCUCUAGGGGAGAAACAGUUACAGCUUUUCUGUGGACAGAUUUUCUUUCCUUUCUCCCUUAUUUUAUGAUCCAGGUGAAAAAAAACGUUCAUGCACUGUGACAUCAGCUGCUCUCUGAGCCCUGUUUACAAACAUCUCUCUGUUUAUUAACAGUUUAUUAACAGUAACAGCAGCCAGAGAUGCUGUCAGCCCUUCCUGAAUAUGUGACGGUUAAUCAGCGACUUCUGAACCUUUCUAAACAGAUUAUUUAUUCACAUUUAUUAUUUUUUAUCCACAUUUUUCUCCUGCUGAAUGUCCAUUUACCAUGACAGUGAAUUACUGAAGGCAAAGAAAUAAAAACAGAAACCAAUUUAGGGACUGAGUGAGGAGGGAAACCUCAGAAAAACUGAAACAUAUCAUUAUUAAAAAAGACUCCCAGAUUUACCAGAAAAACCUGGAAGUUUUAUGACACAAAAAAUUCAAAUUUAUGAGGAAAAGUCAGUUUCCAGACAAAACUGUCAAAUUUAUACUAAAGUGUUUUUUUUAAAUCAGGCAGUGGUCACUUCCCUUUUCAAGGCCUGAAAGAAGUUUUUGUAUCUAAACUUGUGGAUCAGUAACUCGUGAAAGGUUUUCCAGUCAUAUCAUUACAGGAGACAAACUACAGACUCAUCCUCCAACAUUUUCUCAUAAACUUGUCGAGUUUCAUCUUCAGUAUUCAGACUUUUCUAACCUCUGGUGGUCCUGAUACCCUGUCAUAUUAUUACAGACCAACGCCCGUAAAGAGUCGUUAAUGUUAAUCGUGUCCUAACGAGGUUUUUGCUUCAGGUUCAAAGUGACCCUCUAACUUCAGCUGAACUGCCCUGUUGACCUCUGUGGGGGUUUAUGAUAAAUGCUAAAACACAAUUUAACAACAGCACACACUGCAGGCUGACUUUGUACUUGUGCAUUACCCACUGCAGGCUACCGGUUAAUAUUUAACGGUUAAAUGUUGUCAUUUCUCCUUUCUGUCACUUUAAAGGGUCAGCCCCCUGCUUCCACUGACAGCACUGAGCAAACAGAACAAACCAAAUUUUUUGUUUUUAAAUAAAUAAAUAAAAAUUGUGAGAAACCCCUUUUAAUUGCACCCAGUGUUACAUAUUAGAUAUCUUUAGGUUGUUUUAGGUUAUAUAAAGACUUCCUAUUGGGGAAAAAAAAAGCCACAUUUAAACAUUUUUGGGGCAUUUUUGGUCCAAUUUACUGUGCAAAGAACAGACAGGAUAGAGCAGAUUUGUGAGUUGAUUUUGAAUUAAAUUGGCUCAUAAUGUGGAUAUGAGACUGAAACCCAGUCGUUUCUAUGGUAAAGUAGAAAUUAAAAUAAAGCAUAGCCCUGAUUCACAGGAUAUGGAAACAUAAAGCUUUCAAAAUGAAAUAAAAACUGAAAAUAAGAUUUUAAACCACUGACAGUGAGGAGUUAGGGAUUAAACUGAAGUGAAAAUAUUAAACAGACUUUUGAAUGAAUAAAAAUAAGACAUGAUGUGAUAUAAAAGUCUAAAAUAUUGACAGCAAAGAUUAAAGUAAAGCAAAAUAUGAAAAUAAACACAAGGGCAUUAUGAGACAAAAUGUUAAAAUUAAAGUGACGUUAAACAGGUGAUAAUUUAGGAAAGUGCAGACUAUGAAAGAAGAAAGUCUUAUUGCACUGAAAUAAAGACGAACGGGUUUUUCUUUGAGGUUCUCCAACUGUGAACGUCCUGCCAGAGGAACUCUGGUUCUUCCAACAUCACAUUAAAAAAAAUUCUGCUUGCUUGAUGUUUUUUUUUUAUCUCAUUUUUAAAAAAGUAUUUAUUGUAUUUAUGCAAAUAAAAAAAUCAAAUCA